AUGGCUUCCUCUUCUCGUGCUAAGAUUUCCACAAGAAGAAGAUUUGCUCCUGUCUCUCAUCCCCGUCCAAACUCUGUUGAAGGAUGGAUCUCAGAUGAUGAGGGUCGACAAGAAUUUCUCACAUUCUGGAAGGAAAGGAGUAUCAUUACUCCAAAAUUCAUUAUUGAUCAAUUCAUCAAUAGGGGAUUUAAUUUUCCCAAUCUUCUUGAAAUUCAAGGUGUUCUCCCAUUUAUCCAAAUGCAAGGUACUUACUACCCUGAUCUAGUUAGGGUAUUCUAUUCUCGUUUUAAAUUUAAAGAUCAUGUAGCUACUUCUCGUGUAAAGGGUGUGACUAUCAUCCUUGAUGACGAUAUAUGGGUAAAUGUUACCCAUUUUAAUGUAAGAGACGAUGCUAUAAAUAUUUUUGGGGAGUUAGAAGACUUUGAUAGGAUUAUAGCCUACCGAUCUUUUCUCUGCAACCCCUCCAUGGAGAUUGUGCGUCUUCUUUUGGCUGGCCCAUUAAAAAAGGAGGAACGCUUGCUACUGCAUCUACUUGUCUGGAAUUUAUGUCCCCGGGCAACCAACCAUGCCCAAUGCUCAUCCAUAGAUCUUCGCAUUAUUCAUGCAAUCAUGAAUAAUGAGCCAAUCGAUUGGGGUAGCCUUGUCACCAUGACCAUGCUGAAAGCUAAGCGUCAUCCUACUUUUAAAAUUCCCUAUGCUCUUCUAAUCUCUCAUAUUUUAAAGUACAAAGGAGUGAAUGUUGAAGGAGAGCAAGCGGUAAGAACAACAAAUUCAAACCGAAUGCUUGAUAGCACGCUAACUAAACUUCAAAUGGUGCGUGUCAAUAACAUUUAUGUUCACAAAGACAACGCUCCCAACAUGGCUGAAAAUGCUGAAGAUUCUGAUGAAGAGAUGGUUGCAGCUGUUGAAUUUCCUACUGAAAAUAUACAUACUGCUGGGACAUCUUCUGCCCCUCCAUCAAUGGAAGACAUGUUCUUUGAUAUGAAUAAAAGAAUGCAAGAAUUCUUCACAAUCUCUGAAGAACGGCAUGAGGAGAUCAUUCGUCGUAUCUCAGAUGUAGAUGAUAGGGUCUGUAACUUAGAAGAUAAGUUUGAUGCACAAUUCAAUAGCGAUGCAAGCGAAGAGUUUUAA